CAAGUGAAAAGCCCAGCCGCCCCAAGGGACGUAUUGUGAUCUGUGAAUCAGACAGAGACGGUGGAAUUCAGUUAGCCAUGAAGUUCCGGUACGCCAUGGUGUGUUCGUCGAACCAGAACCGGAGCAUGGAGGCUCACUCGCUCCUCAAGCGGCAGGGCUUCGACGUCGCGUCGUACGGCACCGGAGCCCACGUCAAGCUCCCUGGUCCCUCCCUCAGAGAACCCAAUGUUUACGACUUUGGCACACCUUACAAGCAGAUGUUCGACGAUCUCCGGCGAAAAGACCCCGAACUGUACAAGCGUAAUGGCAUCUUGCCUAUGCUUAAAAGAAACUUGGGAGUCAAACUGGCACCUCAGCGAUGGCAGGACAAUGCUGCCGACGGUUCCUUUGAUGUGGUGUUAACAUUCGAAGAAAAGGUUUUUGACAUGGUUAUUGAAGAUCUCAACAACCGGGACCAUGCUCUUAGGAAAUGUGUGCUGAUAAUCAACUUGGAGGUGAAAGAUAACCACGAGGAGGCCGCUGUAGGAGCUCGUCUUGCUUUAGAUCUUUGCCAAGAGAUUGAAGCAGCUGAUUCGUGGGAGGAAUCAAUUGAUGAUAUUGUAUCUGGUUUUGAGAAACAGCAGCGACGGAAGUUAAUGUAUAGCAUCUCAUUUUAUUGAAACUGUACUAAUAGUCUGUUAGGGAGAUUUCGAAAAACCAAAACCCGCUGUUGCUGAUAACUUAUGUGCACCGACUGUUCUCCCUAAAUGUAAUUCUUGCUUAAGCACCAGUUUCGAUAA